AUGGCAGAUAGGUCGCACGAUCUCAUACAGGCUGCUUUGCUGCUGGCGAUAGCAAAGCAUAAGCCGGACCAGGUGUCUGCACUAGACUUUGUUGAUCUGUUAUCGCAACCGAAUGUUUUGAACGAGCGGCUGACGAGAAUAACGGCGGAUACUCGUCUACUGGCGAAAUCCGAGUUGGCUCGAAACGUUGGCGAAAACUUAGGGAAGGGGCAGGAUCUGGAGUCCGCCCUUGCUAGUCUGCAAGUCAAUAAGAAGGCGCGAGACGUCCGUAGGCAGACGGAACUGGAACAACGCGUGGAAGAGCUCGAGCAGGAGUUACUCGAGAAGAACAGGAAACUUUGUCAGGCAGAACUAGAAGUCAGAUCACUUUUUCUAAAACAACAAGAAGCAACUGGUAAUGGGAAACGCAAGCAAAAGGCCCACAAGUAUCAGAAGGCGAAAGCCGCAGAGGCAGCCAAAGCAGAGUGUUCACCGUUCGAAGGGGAGACUGGCCUACGCGAGCGGGUAGAGUUUCUUGAGCUUGUCAGACUGCUUGUGAGGAGUUGCGGAGAUGGGAUGGGGAAAGGUACUGGUAUCAUGAGCGACUAUGGCGAUACAAUCGCAACGACAAUUAAACAGACCGCUGGACUCGUUAUGGAGAAUUUUCGACGUAAAAUAGAAUUGUUGCAAAUGUCGGUAGAGCGAGAAGCCAAUGGUGACGAAGAAGGAUGUAGUCAACCUUCACUGCAGUCCUUGGAGAGGGUGAUCUCUGUAGCAUCCGAACUUCUAUUAAAACUCCUAGGCUUCGCGUCGACAAAGUACCUUUUACCAAAUCAACAAGAAGAGCUCAUCAUCGUCUUUAGCAGCGUUGUGCGGCAGAUUACCGAAUCAAUCUACGUUGUCGGGCAGGUAGUGAAUGAUAUUCGCUUGUUGCAAGGGACCACAGACGGAAACGAGCUUCCGGAGAACACCACAGUCUCUGAAGCGGUCCAAAAGCCGUUCGACCUUCGUCAGCAGUUGUGCAAUAUCAUUGUCAAUUUGUGUAAGGAGCAAACGAUGAUUGUUCCCUCGGCUCUUCUCGUAAUGGCGAGGGGAUGCGCUGCGAUGGCUUCUUUUUUGCGGCCUACGACAACUGUAUUGCCCAAGGUUUUUUCCGAUCCACUGGCUGAGGAUCAGAACGAACAGGCACGAUUGCCUUUUCACUCUUGGCAAUCACCUCUCGCAAGAGAUAAUGAGGAAUAUGCGACCGCAUCGGCAUUGGAUACCGCCUAUUAUUACCUUCUUGGACUGGAUGAGCUUCUGAAGCUCGCAGAACUGAAUACAUUUGACAGCGCCCUUUAUGGGGGUCUUAUUACAGAGAAACUUGCGAAAACCUGCUAUUCAUUGCUCGAAGACUGCCUGGUACGGACGCCACUCGAGUAUUCCACGUAUGCGUUUCGUGUGUGUAUUCGUUUCCAGGAGCUCUUGGGACGUGGACAGUUUUGCGUAGACACUACGGUGAUUGCAUUGAUAGAUCGCUGUCUCAGAGCAAAUAGGUUGGAUGAUGGGCACGAUAUUGGCUAUUCGAACCUGUCAGAUUCGAGGACUAUAGACUCGUAUGAAACGGUCUCCAGCAACACCAAUCGGAUGGACCUGGACAUGUAUUGGCCUGCCGCAAAUACAUUGGGCCGCGAGGACGACUCGUCUAUACUAGGACCCGUAAAUAAUGAGGAGCAUCGAGUUGCUCAGGUGUCAUGUUAUUGUCAACAGGUGAGUGAGCUUAUUCCUGUAAAACACAUCCAAUAACUUUUCAUCCGAUCAAUGUCCACCAGCCGGCUUCAGGGAACAUGAUUGCCUGCAGCGGACUGGUGAGUACAGCAUGCCGGAUUAGCGAACGGCGUACCGAUUAGAAUUUUCAUAACAUUUUCGCGGAUGUAGAGGUGUCCUAUUAAUUGGUUCCAUUAUGGUUGCGUGGGCUUAACCACACCUCCUAUUACUCAAUGGUUUUGUCCGAAUUGUGCGUGCGUUAAUACCCAGGAAAGAUAGGACCCUAUAAAGUAAUUUACUUGAUGUUCGAUGCUCUCAAAUGCCUUUGUUUGCUCAAAUGAAAAAUAUAUUAAGCGUGCGAUAAAUCCUUU